AUGGCACUGGCGACGGCGGCGGCUUCUCCCGGCAGCUUGGCGGCGUUCGGAGAGAGGAGGGUGGAGAGUCGGAGGAGGAAGUGGCGGAUCCAUCUCCAGAUCUCGUGUAGGAAGAGGGACAGGGAGCAGCAUCAGCACGAGCGUCACCCCUACAAGGUCGUCGAGAUCACGCCCCCGCCCACGGACCUCGGCGUUCGCUGCUUUCCCUCGGUGAGGCACGCCGAAGCGAUGACGUUUUGUUCGGGAUUCGGUUUCCCCCUUCAAUGUCGUGACGAUCUUCCUCGAGACUAGUAUGUCUCUGUUUCGGGCUGUCUUCCGUUUUCAUUUCGUUCCUUUGGAAUCUCAGCUGUGGUUUUCGACGAAUGUGAUUCUGUGUCUAGAAGUAUUAAUUUCAUAUACUUUAUUCAUUUAUUUUUUAUUUACUUUGAAAAAACUAGGCGACUUUGGAAGUUUCGGAAAUUUGAAUUCCAAAAUAAUAUUCUUGGUCUUCCUAUCCAUAGCGUUAAACGCUAUACUUGUGUGUUAAUUCAUUGUUUGAGGGCAUAGUACGUGAAUUUUUUCCAAACAUUUCGUUCCAUAAAUUUACGAGCGUUAUAAAAUGUAUUAUUAGAUAUCUGGACCCUACACACGAGCUGGACUUGGGCAGUGAGAGAGUUCUUUCAGGGCCUGCUGAAUCUUCAUAGGAAAUAAUUUUUUUUUACAGAGAAUGCUUUGAAUACCUAGAUCCGGUAGAUUUUUUAAACUUUCUGUUUAUUUAAUUUCUAUCGAUUGUGAUUUAAAUACACCCUCACGUGCUGAUCCUAGACUGUAAGCUCUCUCACAUCAUUUCCCGAAAAAUAAAGUCUAUGCUCUCCCCGCAUGAUUAUUCAUAGAUUUCUUUUUUUUCGAUUUCUUUCAUAAAUAGGCUAGUUUUCGCACUACCUUAUCCUUAGGAAUUAGGCUUGCCCUUGGUCUCUAGGCGUGACAUUUUAAUGCUUACGACCAGUGUGGCCACCAGUGGGAGCAAUUGGCCUCGGGGUAGGUAGUUGACAUUUUUAUUCGAUUAUAACGCAGGUAAAUUUGCUUUCUACAUAUGCCAAAUAAUCAUGCUUGUUACAUUCUUUUGGUGAAGGCUUCUGUUUUAAUUCUUUCCACAGUUUACAGCUUUGUCCUGUAUUAUUCCCAAAUGUAUGACACAAAUUCCAGUUCCAAUAAUAAAGAAGAGGGUCUCAUACCAUGAAGACUGGUAGAUUACUCUUCAAUAUGCCAACGAAAAUCAGGUUGAUUUUCGUACCAUCUUCAUGAAUUUUUUAGCAAACCAUAAUUACUAUGCUUAGGGUUCUAAUUCAAUCUUCUGAACGCCUAUUCUCAUGUCAUUGUUCUCGUUUGAUAUCUAGAACAGCAUCGUAAUCAUAGUUAAUCAGUCGACAAUUUCUCAUAAUUCUAUAAUGCUAAUAACCCAUUCCAAAUCUCGAGGAGCGGUGAAAGCUGAUCAACUGUGUAUGAUCAGCUGCAGUCUAGCUUCUUUUGUCUAGCUUCAAUAUAAACGGCUUUUUUUUGUUUAGCUUCUUAACGAUGGAUAAUGGGUUAUAUAUGUGAUUUCUGCAUUUCUAUGAAUAAUGGGUUAAAGAUGGAUAAUGUUUAGCUUCAUAAUAUGAUUCUUGAAGUCAAAUUUCUUUCCUUGUUUAAUACAUAGAGCGCAUUAUAACGGGAAAAACGAUCCCCUGUGUGUCUCUCACAGUGUCCUCUCUCGUUGACUUUUCUUCUCUCCUAUAUCGGCAGAACAUGCAAUGUGGUGAGAGCGUCACCAUAGAAGGCCAAGCAUACACCAUCUCGGCGGUCACCCACCGCUACCAGCUCCGCCACGGCAGGUACAAACCGAGCGAGAAGAGGCUCGACGUUCAAUCCACAGGCAGAUACAUCCUGAAUCUGUACCUGGAAAACCUCCUGCAGAAGUCCUAG